AUGUCAUUUUCCAACUCCAAGGACAAGUCUGUUGUUGCCGUCUACAAAUUGGUCAAAGCGCCAAUUUAUUCACAUUGCUUUUCUCAAGAUAAAUCUGUUCUAGCCGUUACUUGCGAAACGGAUUGUCUAGUUUAUAAAGUUUCUAAUAAUACCUCCCCUGUUUUAUUCGCCACCUUGAAAGACCAUGAUAAAACCAUUACCGCGGUGGACAUCUCUGUACAUGGUCGUAUUGUGACCUGUUCUCAAGACCGUAAUGCUUACGUGUGGGAACCAUUGAGUGAUGGAACGUAUAAGCCUACUUUAGUGCUUCUACGUAUUAAUAGAGCCGCCACUUCAGUUACAUGGGCACCAAGCGGUUAUAAGUUUGCUGUCGGAUCCAGUGCCAGGAUCAUUGCUGUUUGUUAUUACGAACACGAGAAUAACUGGUGGGUGUCAAAACACAUCAAGAAACCUAUUAAAUCCACCGUCAAUUGCCUCUCUUGGCACGAAAAUGGUGUGUUAUUGGCUGCUGGUGGCACUGAUGGGUUUAUGCGUGUUUUCAGUGGGUUUAUCAAGGGUUUGGAUUCCAAGGAGUCUGUAGCGGGAUCACCCUGGGGCCAGAAAUUUCCUUUUGGUUGCUUAAUAAAAGAAUGGUACCAAGGUUCUUACAUCCAUGAUGUGGAGUGGAGAAGCCAGGUGGAAAGAAUUGCUUAUGUGGCGCAUGAUGGUACUUUGAAUGUAGUAGAUUACCAAUCUCCAGUACAAUCGGUUAAUGCUCCAGAAGGUUUACCAUACCGAUCUUUAGUGUGGAUCAACGACCACGAGAUUGUUUGUGGAGGAUAUUCUUGCCAUCCUGUGUUGUUCAGCGAAGCCUCUGAAGGUUGGAAAUUUGCGAAGAAUUUAGAUAAAAUCGACAAUGACAAGUCUUCUGCUUUGGCAGGGUCAGGUAACAUUAGUGAUUUGAGUGGUGGUGAUGAUGAAGGUUCAACGUUUGGUAUCUCUGCAUUGAGAAAAUUCAAGGAAUUAGAUUUAAAAGGUAAAGUUAGCACAGAUGUUCAAGAAAGCUCACACGAAAAUGCCAUUGUGGAGUUAAGACCCUUUGCAGAAUCCAGCGGUCAGGUCACUAAAGUUUCCUCCUGUGGGCUAGACGGCAAAAUCGUCAUUUAUACAAUUUGA